UAUAUCCUUUUAGUCUCCCUCUUGGAACGAAGGGACGAACGAACAAACUCUAUCGUUCCCUCCUAUCGAUUUUUUUCAGCAAAAUAGUUCCGUGAAGGACACAUUUUUAUUGCGCAUAAUACGCCCACAAACAUGCCAUCACCGCUGCAGGCCCUGCUCUUUCUCCUCCUCCAAUCGCUCACAACCCCCGCCUCCGCUUUCCCGAGGAGAGCCCGACUCGACGUUAGCGGGGGAUCGGGGGGUUCUGCUACCGGCCGAACCACAGUAGAAAUAAAGUCCCCAGGCAUAAUCGCAGGAAUAGCUCUCGGGUCGAUCGCACUCGUAAUAAUCCUCCUGGCGGCAUUCAUCUGGCGGCGAAAGGUCUGGCAGGAUCGACAGGAUCAGGAGGAUUGGGAACGGGCGGGGAGGAGCAUGCUGGAUGGUGCGGAGCCACUGGCGGCGGUGGGGAGGGAUGGGUAGUUGGAGGAGGAGCAGGGGCUUGUGGAGAAGGGAGCGGAGGGGAGGGGGACUUAAGGGAACGCUUUGAGUAGAUGGGCAGGGGGAUGGAAUGGGUUGUGUUGCCAUUUUCCCUUUUGCAAUUAUCCCUUAUUUCACCAUGUAUCAUACAAAAUCAUUCGAAGCAGUUUCCCAAA